AUUGUCUUAUCAACCAAAAAUUUCGCGACCCCCCUGCAGUACCUCCGCGGACCCCCUGUUGAAGACCUCUGCAUUAAACUGUUGAGGUGUGGACAUCCUGUGGGGUUCAUUAACAGCGUCGUUUCUUUCUCCCCCAUGACGUGUACGCACCGUGGUGAGCGUGAUGAACUCGUCGUCCGCGCAUAUCCCACAAUGCAGUUCGGCGCAGCUUCGCCGCCUUUGCGUUUAGAGAUCAGCUGAGCUCGCGCGUCGCCGCAGUGGGUGAACGGCUGCCAGCGGCUCGAGAUCGGAGCAGCUCGGGGCCGCUCGGCGUCUCUCUGUUCGGGCUCGGACAUCGUUUUAAACUCGCGGAUCCGCCGGAGACUCGGUGGUGUUGUUUUGUUUUUAAACUGCAGCAAGAAUGUGACUCUUUUAUAUGUCCAUUUUUUAUAGCCCCGCGUGUGGUCCCGACUCCGCUGAUCGAGUAGAGGAUUUGAUCCGUUUUUCAAUUUGUAUUAUUUCGUUCAUCAUCUGUCCUCCUGAGUGCGGAAAAAACAGCUGGACUGGUCCCAUGGUAACCGCGCGGGCUUAGGAGGAGAUUCCAGGUUUCUAACCGGGAGCAAUAAUAUGUCCAGGCGAAAACAGACCAACCCCUUCAAAGUUGACUGUAGGUAUUUCAGGGCCAUUCCACACUUCAGGCACCACAGGACUUCAGCACACUAUUAACAUGGACGGCAGGGACGAAUUCACCGAAGACAAUGAAUGCUGCAGCAACAACUCCCAGGAAGUACAAGAGCAGGAGAGCUUCUCAGACGACAGUGACAGUGACCUCGACAACCACGGCGAAGACUCUUCAUCCAACACCUCUGCCGACGACCACAUGACCACCAAGAGGACGCAGUGCCGCCUGCAAGGAGCGGGGGUCAAAGAGGAGAGCGAGGACGGGGCCGACCACGGCAACAACUUUGUUUGUCCUCUCUGCACGCUGGAUUUCAGCAGCCCUGAGAAGCUCAUCUCUCAUGUGUACCAGCACACGACUAUGAUGAGCAACAGCAAGAGCUACGUGUGCCCGGUGUGUGGGCGAGCCCUCAGUUCGCCCGGUUCGCUCGGCCGGCAUCUUCUCAUCCACUCGGAGGACCGCCUCUCCAACUGUGCCGUCUGCGGCGCACGCUUCACCGACACCAACAACUUCAACAGGGAGAAGCUUAAAGAUGUCCUCGACACAACCAGGAUGGACGUCUCCGACGGAGGGGACAGCUGUUCCAUGUCCCUCUCCAGCAGCCCCAUGACCAGCCCGGGCCACGCCACCUGUUCCUGCAUCGGACCGGGCCCCGGUCCCGCUUUGUGUCAGGGCCCCCACCAAUGUCACGCACCUGACCCCAGCCUCAGCCUGUGUCAAGCCCAUCGUGCCUGUCAGGGACCGGGCCACGUCCCGAGCCAGUGUCAAGGUCCCAGGCCGUGUCACGGCACGGGGCCGUGCGCGGGCUCCGACCAGGGCCCCUCCUUUCCCUCGCUGGCAGACAGCCUCCUCUCCGAAGGGCCCUCACUGGCAUCUAUACCCGACGCGCUCAACUCCUCUUCCUCGGGCUUCCCCCCCAUCCCCGACAUCCUGAGCUCGAUGCCGGUGUAUCCCGCCGGGGUGCUGCUGGUGUGCAACAGCUGCGUGGCCUACCAGCAGUUGGUGGACGCCCAGUCGCCGAUGCGCAAAUGGGCGCUGCGGCGGAAGAACGAGCCGCUGGAGGCCCGCCUGCAGCGGCUGGAGCGCGAGCGCACGGCGAAGAAGAACAAGCGGGCGUGCGAGUCGGAGGACGAGCGGGAGAUGAGGAGGCUGCGGGACCGCGAGGCCAAGCGCAUGCAGAGGAUGCAGGAGUCUGAGGAGCAGCGCGCCCGCAGGCUGCAGAGGGACAGGGAGGCCAUGCGCAACAAGCGGGCCAACGAGACGCCGGAGAAGAGGCAGGCCAGGCUGGUCCGCGAGAGGGAGGCCAAGAGGAUCAAGCGGCGGCUGGAGAAGAUCGACCCCGCCCUGAGGACACAGAUAGAGCACGAUCCGGCGGCCAUGGCGGCUCUCACCGCCGACAUGAGCCUCUUUCAGUUCCCCUGCCCGAUGCCCGUCCCCUCCAUCGACAAUGGUCUGUUCAUGAAGCUGCCCUGAAGGGGGAGGAGCAACCGCCGGCCUCCAGCAUUGACCCCUGCGCUGUGCCAUCAGGCUGCCAUGGUAACAGUGAACCACUCGUAGGUUUUACCUCCAGCUCCUUCUGUGUCGGACAGCCUUACAAACUGCCUCGUCACACACAGCAAAAACUACUUCAAUUUCUAAUUUAUUACGGCCUAAAAAACCUUGGGACCAAGGAAAAAGAAUGAUGAUGACAUAAAAGCAUGUUGUAAAGAGAUUUAUCUGUACGUCCCACGGUUCACUGCUAGGAGGAGCGGUUUUACUUCCUUUUGAGGAAAUAUUUUUGCACAUGGACCAUGGGGACUUUGUAGCCUCAGCCCCCCCCCCCCCCGUCCCCGUCCCCCCGCCCAGUGACUCGGGUUUACUGGUGGCUGCACCUCUCUCUUCAAGCUGCCGCCGUGGGAAGUUCAUUUUCCGUCAAACUCUACUACCUCAGCUGUCUCGUGGCUCUCUGCCGCCUCACUGCAGGCUUCCGAAGCGGCCGUCAGAGGACGCAGGGCGCGUCCCCGCAGCCUGUGUCCACCGCUCAGGCACUUUAAUAGGACACAAACAUUCACAGCAGCAACUGAUUUACAAAACACACCAGUUGUACUGCAUGGAAUUCAUUGGCAGGUCCAAAUAGGAUGCUUCUUAGUUCUAAAACAGAUGAGCUAAAGGAAUGUUUUGUCCUAUUGAACGCGCCCACUCACGAUACAUUUGCCUCAUUAUUCGUCUCUGCCAACGUUUGAAUCUCUUUUCUUUUUCCUGCCUUGUUACACUCAGAUAUUCUGUCAUUCCUUUUUUUUUCUUUGGCUCAUAAAAAAGAAGUCUGUCUUUGCUGCUGUUAUCGUACUGUACAAUACAUUAGUUACCUCAUAUCUUUUGGGCUGAAGCUACAGUAUGUUCAAUAUAUGUGACCUGCACCACUUAAGUCGAGGGGAAGUUCUAUCACCGGUCUGUAGUAUUGAGGAAAGAUAUUUAUUGAUUCAAAUGAGGGGACUCUUUUUAAACUCUGGUUCCUGUUUUAUUUGUAAUUCCCUCCCUUUACUGAGCACUGGGGAUAAUCUCAUGACACAUACGGCCCAUACUGGGAGAGAUUUUCUUCAUCUAUAUUCAUUAACCUCAUUCCCGCACAUUUAUGCAAUAUGAUGUGAAUAUAUUUUUCUUGUGAAAAUGUUUUUGUGGUUAUUUGUUACCAGGCGUCAGUGGUAUAAAAUUUUUUUCAUGUUUAAAUUCCAGGCCAUGUCUGCGUUUCUCUUGUUUAACGUCCUGCCUGUGAGGCUCCUUUGCAGCUUUUCGUGACUUCGCUGGUCCAGAUGUACAGUGUCAAUAAGCAGUUUCACAAAAUAUUCCACAAAUAGCGGAGACAAGGACCGGUACUGGUUCUGUUUGAGUCACUCCUAGAUGAGUCAAUCUGUCUGAAAUAAAAAGCGAGAGGAGUUUUUGUUUACGUCCUCGGAUACAUUUCUAGGAGUGCAUCAAAACUUUAUGCAACAGAUGUUAUUUAUUCACGGGAAAUGAAUUCACUUUUCACUGAAACUAUGCAGAAUGUGACUCUAACGGACUUCAAUGCAAAGAGUUUGGCUUCUCAGGCAAUCUAACUCCGAGCCGCGGGACAACACCCCGGUCCAUGAGGAUCACAUCGCAGCGAUGUGACAGACUUUCCCAGAGGCCCUUUUGUUUUUUAGGUGUGUUUUCUCUUGCUGGUUGAGCAGAUGAAAGCGACAGGGCCUCAUCACCGUCGUAUUGAUGACAUUCUGUGACGGGGGCAGAUCCGUGCUCUCAACGGGAGGCUUCAGGUGUCGCUUGUUUCUCUCAGAAUAUGAAUACUGGGUAUUCUCAGAGGUGGCUCUUUGAAGCUGCUGGGAUUGUCCUGCAGUGGGCCGACGGGACACAGAGAUGCGGCGGCGUCUGUGCUUCCGACGUACUAUCGCAAAGGAAGUACUCUGAACUCUUGAAAGGGACGCUGGUCUUUCAGUACGUGGACCAGGGAGGCACUGCAUGUCGUGAAACUGCACUUAGAAUGGUUCGAUACGUUCUUGUUAGUUUAUGUCUGCCUGUUUUUUACAGUUCUAUGGAAAAAUGUUUUUAAAAAUGAAAAGCAUUGGCCUUUCUAUUUAAAUUCUAUCAGGAUUUUCUCUCAACAUCCAUGUUUACAGAAAUAAUCUCUCUGAUCAAGGCCAAGUGAAUGAACUGAACUGCUAAUAACAUUCAUGCUUGCUGCGAUAUCAAUGCAUUCUGAUUGGAUGCCGUCCUGUUACUGGAUUUACAAAUGUACAGACCAUGAUGAAACCUGGUGUGCAAAGUGUGCAAAUAAACAUUGACUUUACCACGGCAA